UUUGCAGUAUGAACUUCUUCCCAUCACCAGAAUCUCAGCGAGCUCUGGGAGACAUUGUUGAGCUUGAUGACGUUUCUGAUGGAUAUGACGAUACUCUAACAACAACUACAACAGGAGAAGGGACGUCUUCCAUUGAAAGUGGACAUUAUUAUAAAACAUUUCGACCAGAAGAUUUAUUUGAGUUAACCAUGUGCUCUGAAGAAGCAAAAGAACAAAUCCGAGAGUACAAACUUGGAAUCACAAGAAUCGCAUUCAACGACAGAACCUUCACAUUCUGGAUGGUAGAUCAAAGAUUUGAUCAGUGCCAGACAAAAGUUGAUAUCCAAAUCAUAGAGCGCUCUAACUUGCCGGGAAAGUUGAAACGAAUCAGCCUGUACUUGAAAUCCAAAAUUUGGAGGAAAUUCUUGAGUCGCAAGAUAAAUGGAGCCACCUAUCUGGUCGAAAAAUCACAUCAAAAAGAGUAUGGGCUGGAUUUGACACAUGAAGGAUUUAAUUAUAGAUUAGCUCAUUGCAACGGGAAAUACUCCAUCUACACAAGUGACAUGAUCGCUGCCCACCGAGAUCUUUUUCUUCAUCUCUUUUAUGUUUUUCCUAGCAAAGAUCCGGUCUUUUUUAUUGAUCUACGAGGAAUCCGCUCCGAAGAAAUCAAUGUUACUAGGGAUCUCAUUAGCAUUCAGCAGAUCAAUCGGGGAUCGUGUCUGGCAAUGGGAGUUCGAGAAAGAGAGUUUGUGGAGGAUGCACACAAGAUUUUGGAAAUGAUGGAGAGUCUGAAGAAUUUGAAAUUGGAUAUCAGUUUGCGAAAGGUCGAGUUUUUCAGUCCAAAGAUGUGCAACAUCGAUCACCUAAGCAUUACCUACCACAAAAACCAAAUUUCCGAAAAGAAUCUGCUGAGCUUGAACUGUGAAACAAUCAAACUUUGGUCUGUAACUACAUCCUCCCGAUCUCUGAAUAAAUUCAUCAAGAAGUGGCUCUUCACUUUCGAUACGCGAUUUCAGUAUUUGGAAAUUCCAAUCCUGCAUUUAAUAGAGGAGGAUUCGAAUCCAUGGAAUAUUUUCAAGGAUUUGGAAAUUUCAGCGUUCGACGAAGGGAAGAGAGCCGAGUAUUAUAAGAGAUAUGAUUGGGAUUUUGAAACAAACUGCCUCGGCUCCCAUCGUUUCAUAAAUUGCCAACGAGGAACCGAUAUCGAACGGGAAGAUGGAAUGUUGGCUACAAUUAUCACAGAUUCUACAUUUUUCUACUUUUUCGUUUGGCACAAUCGAUUCCCGGAGCAGCCGGAUCAUGUCCCAUAUUUGGAUAGAUAAAUUGAAUUACAAACAUUCCAGGCCAUUGAUUUUCUGUGAUUUAUCCAUUUUUGAAGAUUUGAAGAUUUUAAGUUAAUUCUACAAUAAAUGCACAUAUCAAGAA